CCUGUCACACGGCAACACGCCAGUCAAGUGUGUGAAGAAGGCACACAAACACGCAGCAUGGAGAUGUGGGAUGUGUCGGACGCGGGGAGGAAGAGGAGGAGGAAGAGGAGGAGUAGACGGACAGGUCCAAACGGCGUGGAGGAUCACCAAGACCAAGUGGACCACCAUCAUCCACUGAAGCUUUAUAAGGCCUCCAAGAGGAAACAGCCCCUGAUGGACGGCAAGAAGCGACAGUUUUCGGGCCGAAGAACCUCCUGGGCGUUGGCUCGUAAGACGGCGGUGGUGCAUCUGAACGAGCUAAGACCUGGUCUGCAGUAUGAGGUCACGUCAAAGACUGGACCCCCACAUGCUCCUGUGUUUUCCGUGGGCGUGGAUGUGAACGGUUUCCACUUUGUAGGCCGGGGGACAACAAAAAAACAGGCCAAGGUCAGGGCUGCCGAGAUGGCCCUCAAGUCCUUCAUCCAGUUCCCCGUUUCCUCACAAGUUCAUACCAGCUUGGAGGACACCGGAACUGCCACUGUGGAUUUCACUGAAGACCACUUCGAGUACUCUGAUGUGUUCUGCUCAGAAGAUGAAAGCUGCACCUUCAUCAUGGAAAAGAAGAAGGAGGUCUUCCCCAGCAGCUUCACUCAAGUCUUCAGCACUUCCCUUUUGGAACGCCUCAGUCCUCCGGCCCUGCUCGACAAACUGCGACCAGGACUACGCUACUUCUGCUUGACAGAGCAGCAUUACGGGCGACCCACCAGGAGCUUCAUGGUGGUGCUACGGGUGGAGGGGAGGUUCUUUGAAGGGUGCAGUCACAGUAAAAGAUUGGCUAAGGAACGGGCGGCAGCUGCUGUCUUACGACAUUUGUACAACGUCCGCUUGGGCCCCGGCAGGAUGCAGAUGGACCUCCAUGGCGCCCCAAGGCAGCUACCUCAGUUCUUUGCAGAGUCCAUCUUCCGGCUGGUGGCUCUCAAACAUGAGCAGCUGACGCACGACGGCCUCGCGGUAUACAAAGUCAUGGCCGCCAUUGUCAUGACCACAGGAUUUGACCUGAGAUCAGCCGAGGUGGUUUCCAUGGCAACCGGGACCAAGUGUUUGGACAUCUGCAGUUGCGACUGUGCAGUGAGCGACUGUCAUGCUGAGGUCCUGUGCAGGAGGGCACUGCUGGUCUUCUUCCAUCGCCAGCUGGAGCGGCUCAGUCAUCCUGAGAAGGCCAUCCAGGAGGAGUCCAUCUUUCUCCCGACAACAGGGCACCGAGUCUUCCGACUGCGAGACGGUGUUCGAUUCCACAUGUACGUGACCUCCUCACCAUGUGGUGACGCCCGACUCAACUGUCCCUACGAGACCAAUGCCUCACAAGCCAACAGGAAGUUGCGCUGCCGCCUCAGGAAGAAGGUUAUCGGGGGCGAGGGCACGCUGCCCGUCACAGCACAGGGAUCCGUGUCGUCGGGUAAACCUGCGGGCAGCAUGUCCUGCACCGACAAAAUAGCAAAGUGGUGUGUUGCUGGCUUGCAGGGGGCCCUCCUGUCACACCUGAUGGAGCCUGUGUACCUGUACAGCCUGAUAGUGGGGACACUGAGUCACACGGGUCACCUGGAACGGGUCUUGACGCGUCGCCUGGCCCCCGUUAGGCGUCCUUCCUUCCCCUACAGACGCCAGCAGCCGCUCCUUGCCUGUGAUGGCGGUGGCGAGCGGCGUGCAGGUAAGAAGGUGUGGCCUGCCAGCUUCAACUGGAGUCUUGGCGAUAGACAAGUGGAGAUAAUCAGUGCGUCCUCAGGGAGACGCGUCCACGGUGGAACACCGUCGAGGCUCAGCAGACGUCGUUUGUUCGCCGGCUGGCAGAGCCUACACAAGCAGCUGAGAGGUUGGACGUCAGAGGACGCCGUGAGGACGCACGCUGGCUGGAAGGAGGCAGCUGGAUGCUAUCAGGGGGUCAAGCAGCAGUUUAGACGAGCUCUGCAAGACAGUGGCGUCGGACUUUGGAUCAGGAAAUUUCCAGAAGAAGGCGGUGGUGUUGACGUCGUGGAGGAUAUAGUUUGACUCUCAGGUCUUCUUAGCAGGUUGUAAGAUGGAUGCCAGGACACUGGCUGAAUGUAGUCCCAAACAAGAAUUAUAUUAUAACGUAAAAUGCUUUUACUCUUUUACCUUAGCUUACUAAAGCUAACUAAAAUGCUUGUUCUGGAUGUUCCUGUGUAAAUGUACAGUAUAGCAUAAAUAAAAUUGACAACAAUUAGCGCUGAACAUUCACUUAUUUUGUGAAUUAAAAGUGGUUAAUCUUAAACGUUUCAUUAAGGUUGGUGGUCCAAUCCCCGCCUGGCAUUCCCCUGUGGCCAAUAAACAAACCCUUGUGAAUCGUGAUGAUUGACGCAGAGGGCGAAGACAGGGGACGGGGGGGUUGGGUGUAGCAAAAGGCGGUUUGCUAUGUCGUUUCAUAAUUGCAUGGUAAAUGCCCAUUGUUGUGGUUUCUGUGCAGCACAUGUAUUUGUGUGUAUAUCUGUGUAGCACUUGGAGCCCCCGGUCUCUCAGGGGCCCCCUAGUGCGAGCCCCACCUCUGGCUACAGGUCAAAUGUUUGAAGGUUGGGAAGCACUGCAGUAUGGAGUGUCCCUGACAAUUAUACAAUAAUUGUUAUUUUGCAAUAUAUACAAUAAUAGUACUUUCUUCUUUAAUGUUUUUUUCAUGUAUUUUAAAUUAUUAUCAUUUUAAACUACAUUUUGUUCCCAAUGUGCAUGUUCUCCCCGUGCAUGCGUGGGUUUUCUCCGGGUACUCCGGUUUCCUCCCACAUUCCAAAAACGAAUUCCAAAUGCUAGGUUAAUUGGCCACUCCAAAUUGUCCAUAGGUAUGAAUGUGAGUGUGAAUGGUUGUUUGUCUAUAUGUGCCCUGUGAUUGGCUGGCCACCAGUCCAGGGUGUACCCCGCCUCUUGCUCGAAGACAGCUGGGAGAGGCUCCAGCACCCCCGUGACCCUCGUGAGGAAAAGCGGUAGAAAAUGAAUGAACGAGUGAAUAGUUUCUAAUGUAUUCUUAAUUGACUCAUCAUUCAUGAAAUUGAACUUGCUUGUAUAAUGUAUGUAUAUUAAAUGUGUAUAUUAUGUCUAGACUUUAGGGACUCCUUGUACUUGUAUUUCUAAGGAUGUAAAGACAUGUUUUGAAUAACAACUAAGGAUGUAGUAGUCGUUAUGACUAUUUUGAAAUGAUUUAACAGUGUGUGUAAUAGUGAGUGAGGCCAGCAGGGGAAGACACAUACAAGGUGAGUGAAGAACAAAACUUGCUUUAUUGACAUGUAACAAAUGGCAAAACUGCACUAAGGUUGAUUUAAAGGUUUCCCUUUUGUGUGAAGACGUUGAGUGACAAGGUCUCAUGUGUGCCCAUACAUUGAAUACAUUGAUGACAUGAAUAUGUUACAAAUAUUUGCCAUCACAGUCAAAGCAGAUACAUCGGAUUCAUGGGGAGGGAAGAAGAUCGGUCAACUGGAUCAAACACUUGAUGCUCUUUAUAUAUUAAAUUUCAUGAUUAAAAAAAAAAAGGAAACAUUGUAUGUGUGCUAGAUGGAAAUCCUACAAGUGUGACAGUGAAACUUUUACUGUUGAUUUCAUCUUGGGAAAUUCCCCCAACAGGCCAAAAGUCACAAGCUAUCAUUAAAAAGGAGGAGGAGGAGGAGGAGGAGGAGGAGACAGGACCGCAUGAAUUAAAAACCAAAAUGUUCAUCCUUUCUAUGUCCUCACAAACUUUCUCGGUUUUUAUCCAAUAAGAGACGUGCUUUUAC